GACUAGGUCUUCACUGAACCGGUUAUGAUAAAACCAAUUACCUUUAUCGAAUAUGGUCUACUCACGUCUCACGGUAACAUCACAUCCAUCGAUUGAUUAUGCAAAGUCUCCGUAGAAAAAAUCGAUGAAGAUUGGUCAAAUCCGCACUAGGAUUGAAUAUUCAAUUAUGUGUGAAAAUUAAAUCUCUCAAAAUAGGAGGUUUCAGACAUCAAACAAAACACAAUGGGAAAGUGGGAGAUGGCCGUUAACUUGUCAGUAGUCUUCUGGUUUGUGCUCAUAAGCUCUUGUGCUGUCUCUGUCUCUGCACUGCAAUGCUUUAAUUUCUCUGAUUCUUUCACACCCAAUCAUGCCUACGACGUAAACCGCCGAGCCUUGCUCUCGUCUCUUUCUUCGAAUGUCCCCGCUAAUAACGACUUCUACACCACUGAUCAGAUGGGACAAGACCAGAACAGGGCAUAUGGUCUGGGGAUGUGCAUCCCAGGUUCUGAUCGACAAAAUUGCUCCAACUGUAUCUACUUUGCUUCUGAUGGGUUGAUAGACAGAUGCUCUAACCAGACAGAAGGUGUCGCUUGGGCAGGAAUUGAUACUUUUUGCAUGGUACGUUACUCCAACCGUUCGUUCUUUGGAUCGCUCGAUAUGGUACCAGUUAUUCAAUCGCUCGAGGCAGAGCCAGUUAUCCAAGUCACCUUGACAGACUUUGAUAAUGCAUGGGAGGCCUUGAUGCGUCGUGUGAUAGCCGAAGCUACCUCGUCGUCGUCAGGGUCCAACACCAUUUAUUAUGGGGCGGACAGACAACAGCUUGGUACUUCGCGGAGUAUAUACGGUUUCGUGCAAUGUAGUAAAGAUAUUUCUCCGUCGAACUGUGAACAAUGUUUAAGAAAGAACCUGGACGACUACAGAUCGUGCUGCAGUGGGAGACAACGUGGCAUUACUGAGAGACCGAGCUGUUUCAUGCGAUGGGAUCUUGAUCCAUUCUUUGGACUUUUUGAGGAUAACGCAGCGCCAGAUCCAACUCCCCCUCCUGAAAAAGGUGACAGAAAGAUACCUAUUGGAGUUGUGGUGGGAAUCACUGGUGUUCUCACCUUCGUGAUCAGUAUGCUGCUUUCAUUAGGGGUUGCUCUUUGUAUUAGGAGAAAAACGCAAACUGAAAGGAGGUCAAGGACGACUUAUGGUACUGCACCACCAGAUAUUGUUGCAGAUGAUAUUACAACCUCAGGCUCAUAUCAAUUCGAUUUUAGAGAAAUUGAAGCUGCAACAUGUAACUUCCAAAAGAGUAACAAGCUUGGUCAUGGUGGAUUUGGUGAAGUUUACAAGGGAACGUUCCAGAAUGGAACCGAAGUUGCUGUGAAGAGACUCUCUACAAAUUCUGGUCAAGGUGAACAAGAGUUUAAGAACGAGGUGCUUCUUGUCGCAAAGCUCCAACACAGAAAUCUGGUUAGGCUUCUCGGGUUUUCAGUCGAAGGAGCAGAAAGGAUACUUGUCUACGAGUUUGUGCCCAAUAAAAGUCUCAACUACUUCCUCUUUGACCCUGUAAAGAGGAGUCAACUGGAUUGGAGAAAACGCUACAACAUUAUUAGAGGAAUCACUCGAGGGAUGUUAUAUCUUCAUCAAGAUUCACGGCUCACAGUUGUACAUCGUGACCUCAAAGCCAGCAACAUUCUUUUAGAUGCCGAUAUGAAUCCAAAAAUUGCUGAUUUUGGAUUGGCAAGGAAUUUCAGAAUGGACCAGACUGAAGCAAAUACAGGAAGAGUAGUCGGAACAGUCGGUUACAUGCCUCCUGAGUAUGUGGCUAAUGGGCAAUUUUCGAUGAAAUCUGAUGUGUAUAGCUUCGGAGUACUGAUUCUGGAGAUUAUUGGUGGCAAGAAGAAUAGUAGCUUCCAUCAGAUAGAUGGCUCAUUACGAAACUUGGUCACAUAUGUUUGGAGGUUUUGGAACAAUGAAUCAUUGUUGGAACUUUUAGAUCCAGCCGUUGGAGAGAAUUAUGAUAAGAAUGAAGUCACUAGAUGCAUCCAUAUCGGGUUAUUAUGUGUUCAAGAAAAUCCAGCUGAUCGUCCAACCAUGUCUACAAUCUUUCAGAUGCUCACUAAUACUUCAAUUACUCUGCAUGUGCCUCAACCACCUGGAUUUUUCUUCAGGGAUGGAGCCAACCCAUUAGCCGAGGGGUUAACAAUUGGUCAGUCUAGUAUCAUGUCUUUUGCUUGUUCUGUCGAUGAUGCAUCGAUUACAAGUGUUAAUCCUCGUUGAGAUUAUAGUCUUUCCAUAAGCCAAGACCCAAUAGUAAUUUCAUUGUUAAUGUACACGGAAGUUCACGUUAUUAAAUUG